UUGGCUGGCCCUUCUGUCAGCUUGAGCUGGCUUGAGCCCAGGCAGGGCCCGGAUAGCCUAGAUAGGCUCAGAGGGAGGGAGGUGGGGACCAAGAGACCCGGGGAGGGCUCCUGGGGCCAAGACCCAGGUCCCUGCCCCGCAUAUCCGCCAAGGGACUUCCUCAGAAGCUGCUGAUGUCAGGCUUUGGCCUCCUGCUGCGGAAUGAGGGGAUGAACUCCAAAGGGAGGACACUCAGGCCUUGGAGGAAAUGAGAGCUUGGCCGACAGGAGGGCCUGGACUCGGGAAGACACAUGGACACCCACAAGCACAAAGACGUGGCUGUGUGACAGCGGACCAAGGGGCAUGCAGAUAUGUAUGCAUGGUGCACACAGGCACUCUGGGCACAGCCCACUGGCACCGUCAACCCGUUGGUGGCCUGCAUCCCACCCUUCAGGCAGGCGUGGGGCAGGUUUCAGGGAGGAAGGAGGCUGAGUGGGCGUCUGAGGACGCAGCCACCACCGCUCCCUGGCACUGCAUCUGUGUCCAGGAUCUAGGAGGCACUCUUCCAUCACUGAGCCCCAAGAUGACUGUCACACCUUGGUCUAAAGCAGGGGCCGGGCCUGAGCCCUGGCCCCUGCCCUGGAGGAGCACACAGAGCCCCCAGCUGGGGCAUAUCUGGUUUCUGGGGACGGGGACGGGGGCAGAGGCGAUACCCUUGGGGCAGCAAGGAAGGACCAGGUGCGAGGGCAGAGCCAUGCGGCCCGACCCCUGCAGCACGACUGUACCUGCGUGUGGUCUCCCCCAGCUCCUGCCCAUGCUUCUGGGUCAGUCUGGACUUUGCCACGUCUGACCAAAAGCCACCGCAAACUCACUCAAGUCAAAAGAGGAAGUGGCCAUUAGGCAAAACUGCUUAGACUGGGAGGCCGGGG